AUGUCUUCUUUACUCUUUCCUUCCUCGGUACGACAUUCUUCUCUUUUUCUGAAUGACUUUCCAGCCAACCUUCGUCGUGAUGAUUUCUUUAAUCAUUCCUAUGUUGAAUGUCUUCUUUACUCUUUCCUUCGUCGGUAUGACAUAAUUCUCUUUUUCGGAAUGAUUUUCCAGCCAACCUUCUUCGUCAUUACUUCAAUUGUCAUACAUAUGUUGAGUAAACAUCUUUGUAUUUCUUUCCUUGGGAUGACUACUUUUGUUUUUCCUUCAUCAAGAUGUCUUCUUUGCUCUUUCCUUCCUCGGUACGACAUUCUUCUCUUUUUUCUGAAUGACUUUCCAGCCAACCUUCUUCGUGAUGAUUUCUUUUAUCAUUCCUCUGUUGAAUGUCUUCUUUACUCUUUCCUUACGCGGUACGACAUUUUUCUCUAUUUCUGGAUGAGUUUCCAGCCAACCUUCUUCGUCAUUACUUCAAUUGUCAUACCUAUGUUGAGUAAACAUCUUUGUAUUUCUUUCCUUGGGAUGACUACUUUUGUUUUCCUUCAUCAAGAUGUCUUCUUUGCUCUUUCCUUCCUCGUAAACGUCUUUGUAUUUCUUUCUUGCGAUGACUACAUUUGUUUUUCCUUCUUCAAGAUGUCUUCUUUACUUUUUCCUUACGCGAUGUCUUCUUUGCUCUUUCCUUCCUCGGUACGACAUUCUUCUCGUUUUCUGAAUGACUUUCCAGCCAACCUUCUUCGUGAUGAUUUCUUUUAUCAUUCCUCUGUUGAAUGUCUUCUUUACUCUUUCCUUACGCGGUACGACAUUUUUCUCUAUUUCUGGAUGAUUUUCCAGCCAACCUUCUUCGUCAUUACUUCAAUUGUCAUACCUAUGUUGAGUAAACAUCUUUGUAUUUCUUUCCUUGGGAUGACUACUUUUGUUUUUCCUUCAUCAAGAUGUCUUCUUUGCUCUUUCCUUCCUCGGUACGACAUUCUUCUCUUUUUCUGA